UGGCAGUUGAUCUCCGCUUGCAGCAGAGCAACGACUUCCAGCUACCUUCAGAAGUCUCUCUCUCUGCGUUUAACUCCAUUUCCUCUUGUUUCUCCCUCAAUCUCUGUGAUCAGCAAAUGAUCACAACCGAACAGAAGGAAUCAUGACUUCCAAAACAUUGCUAACUUUACUCCAGCUUUGUUGGAUGUGGAACUUCCUGCAAGCUCAGCCGUAUGUUCAGGGCAACAAUGUAUAUCAUGGAGACUGCCCUGUUGAUUUGUUCUUUGUGCUGGAUACAUCUGAGAGUGUCGCUUUAAGAGUUCAACCGUAUGGAUACCUUGUGGAUCUGGUGAAGAAAUUCACCAGAAACUUCAUUGACAAUUUGAACAACAGGUACUUCCGAUGUGAUCAGAAUCUGGAAUGGAACGCUGGGGCUCUGCACUACAGUGACGAAGUGAUGAUGAUUGCUGAGCUUUUCCACAUGACAGACAAUCAAAAGGAGAUUAUGAAGACAAAGGUCCAGGACGUGAAUUUCAUUGGGAAAGGCACAUACACGGACUGUGCUAUACAGAAAGGUGCUGAAGAACUUCUACUAGGUGGCUCUCACCAUCGGGAGAAUAAGUACAUGAUCGUGGUCACAGAUGGACACCCAAUCGAAGGGUAUAAGGAGCCGUGCGGGGGGUUGGAGUCUGCAGUAUCUGAUGCAAAGAACCAGGGGAUAAAGAUCUUUUCCGUGGCUAUUACUCCAGAUCACCUGGAAGCUAGGCUGAAUCUCAUUGCUUCAGACAUCACAUAUCGACGGAAUUUCACAGCCACCUCUUUCCAAGAGGUGGAGUUGAAUAACACAAUCAGGACCAUUCUGGAAACAAUAUACAAGGAGGUGGAGCCAGUGUGCUGCUCCUUUGAAUGUCAGGCACAAAGAGGAAUUCCAGGUGUUCAUGGUGAUCCAGGGACAAAGGGAUCGGACGGUCGUCGGGGCCCACACGGUCCUGCAGGUGUUCCCGGACCCCCGGGAUUAAUUGGUGAUCUGGGUCCCGCUGGUCAUCCUGGCAUGAAGGGCGACAAGGGAGAUCGUGGUGAAAAGGGUAUUCGAGGACACAAAGGAGGGAAGGGUGAGAAGGGAACUCCUGGAAAGGAUGGCAGAGAUGGUGAGAAGGGUGAUUCUGGAUAUCCUGGUCUACCAGGCUGCAAGGGAUCCCCAGGGUUUGAUGGUCUCACAGGACCUCUGGGUCCCAAAGGAGAUCCUGGUCCCUUUGGAAGCAAAGGAGAAAAGGGGCGACCCGGUGUAAAUGGAGAGCGAGGAAGGCAAGGAUCGAUUGGAAAAACAGGGGAAAAGGGAGACCCUGGAACAAGAGGAAGUAACGGGGAGCUUGGAGAGCGAGGCGAUGAUGGUUCUCCUGGAGGGGAUGGAGCUGCGGGCCCAAAGGGUGUUCUAGGUGAGGAUGGACCAGCAGGACCUCCAGGGAGAAGAGGAUCCAGGGGAACCAAGGGAGAUUCAGGGCCUCAGGGAGAACAGGGACGUGAAGGUCCUACCGGAAAGCAGGGAAAUCCAGGUGAGCCUGGCAAAAGAGGACCACUAGGUUUCAAAGGUGAUGAAGGGCUGCCAGGACAAGAGGGCCCAAAAGGACCCCUAGGUGCAAAGGGCUACCCUGGAGAUCCCGGGCCAAUGGGUGAAACGGGAGAUUCUGGCGAGCCAGGCAACGGGACAAGGGGACCACAAGGAUUACCCGGUAUUCCAGGUAAUCAAGGGGGUCCAGGACUGAAUGGGACGGAAGGUUUACCUGGGCCCAAAGGUGACGAUGGUGAACCUGGUGACCCCGGUGAAGAUAAUGACGUCCCUGGUGAAAUAGGUCGUAAAGGAGCCAAGGGUUACCGAGGCGGCGAGGGCUUGCCGGGACCUCCGGGAUCUAUUGGGAUACCAGGACCCAGUGAAUGUGAAAUAUUGGAUAUUAUCAUGCGGAUGUGCUCGUGCUGUGAGUGCAAGUGCGGACCCAUUGACCUCCUGUUUAUAGUGGACAGCUCGGAGAGUAUUGGUGCAGCCAACUUCCGCUUGGCCAAGCAGUUUAUAAUCACAGUGAUUGAAAGGCUGAGCAAGGAUGAAAAGCUCAAGUUUGAUGGCAAGGAGUCCAAUGUUGGAGUUGUCCAGUACAGUCAUCAAGGAACUGAAGAGCUGGUUUCUAUGAAAAGUCAAAACAUUAAUUCAUUAACAGAACUGAAAAGUGCCAUCAAGAACCUGAGGUGGAUUGCUGGCGGAACUUACACAGGAACAGCAUUAGACUGGUCAAAGACAGCAUUCGGGGGUGGCCUUGAUAAAGUAAAGGUUGUUCUGGUGUUGACAGAUGGACGGUCAGAAAUCUACCGAGAUCCCAUACCACUAUCAGCCCUCUGUGGUUCAAACACCAACGUGGUCGCAAUUGGUGUGGAUGAUAUUUUCAAGACUGAAGCAGCCUCUGAAAACUUGGGGCAAAUCGCUUGCUCCAGUGGACCAUCCCCUGGGCUCAACUUGAAGCGAACUAACUUCCUGGAACUUCUAGAGGAUUCUUUCCUCGAAACUGUGACUUCAUUCAUCUGCAAAGAAAAGAAAUGCCCAGAUUACUCGUGCCCCAUCCAAUUCAACUCCCAGGCGGACAUCACCUUCCUGAUGGACAGCUCCACGAGCGUGGGGAGCAGGAACUUCGAAACUACCAAGACAUUAGUCAAGCGUCUCGCAGACCGUUUUUUAAAGGCCAAACAGCUGACUCCUAACGCGGUGCGACUGUCAGUGAUUCAAUAUAGCACGCGCCCAAAGAUCGAAGUAGAUUUUUCCAGCGACUAUAACGCCAUAGCGAGGGCCAUAGAUAAGAUGGCAUUCAUGAAUAACGCCACAGACGUGGGGGGCGCAUUGGAGCACACAAUAAAUAUCUACAAGAACUCACUUAAGAAUGAAAGGAUCCUCUUGUUUUCCGAUGGCAGAUCCCAGGGAGAGCUGGUCAACACGAUCAAACAGCAGGUGCUUGCAGCAACACGUGAGGACAUUGAACUGUACGUCAUUGCCGUGGGAGAGCACGUCAACGAGGAUAAUCUUCGGAUCCUGGUAACUGGAAAGUCGAACGUCUUUAAUGUGGAUUACAGCGCAAAGCAUCUUUUCCGCGUGAAGGACUAUGACUCUCUGCUGAAAGGUGUACUUUACCAGACCAUUUCCAAGCAUAUGUCACGGGAUUAAUAAUGCUUAGAAACUUCAAUCCUUCAAUCCUCUAAGCUCCUUCUUUUGUGCGCGUUUUCCCCUAAGAGGCUGUUCUCUUGGGAGCUGCAAUGUUAUAGGGUUAUUUGCUUUUUUUUAGGAUUUAUAUUUUUAUAAAGAGAAUCUGCUCAUUGGGAUUUUGCCCUCCAUUCAAUCGGCAGUCUCUUCCCCUCCAGGGCACCUCUACCUCCCUCCAUAUGUCCUCCUACAGCUAAGAGGAUGUGUGAAUAGAUGGUAUCUUCCACCCUCCUACUACUAGCAUUGGUGCUACACAAUUCUCUGUCUGUAGGAGGUGCACAUUGUGCUGAUGGUUAAAAGCGGUUAUUUCUUCAUUGAAUCUUCCCAUUUCUCAUUACUAAAUUUGCAGGAAACUCUUACUACCUUUACCAAUCAACAGUAGAUAGUCUCCCACUCCCCCCAUCCCCUAUUCUGUCUAACCAGUUUUAACCGCCAAAGACCAAAGGUAUAACACAUUCCAGGUCGGUAAACCACUUGUAGAACUGACCCUAAAGCUAAGAGUCCAGCGUGUGCAUAUGAAGCCACAAUCAAACCAGAAACAUUCACAGCUGAAACGCAACACCAUUUUUAGCGAGGGAUUUAAAAGGGCGUUGGCGAUGUUCUCCUUUGUAUCACAGUCAGUUCAGAUGACUGGUAAAUGGGCCCUGGACCCAUGAAUUUAUCGUUGGCAGAGAAGAUAUGUGAAUUUGCAACUUGCUCCCUCCUCACAGUCAUCAGCUUGGAGAGUGGGUCACUGACCCUGAGUUCAUCAGUGCAGGUUUAGCCCUCCAAAAGGAAAAGCAGGCCUUGAAUUCUUUUGUGUGCCUUAAGCCCUGCGAGAGACCUUGUGCACUUGCUAAAGGCCGAGUGAAUUCUUGUCAUGUUGGGGAUUAAAAUUCAUGUCAACUGUUGUUAGUGGAAAUGGAUUAUCAGGCAGCGCUGAACUGUAAGUCUGUGACUAGGAAGAAUGUUAAAACGAACAUCUUACAGAUAUGCCAGCAGAAUUUUGUUUUAAUGCAGUGCCUUUAAUACAGGUUUGAAAACAAUUGAAAACUGCAGUGCUUACGACUUUUUAACCUUUUUUUUAAAAUCAAAGGCUUCGAAUAAUGGCGAUUGACGGGUUUGUCCCUCUGAAGUCACUGUGAGAAAGGGAGGUGUUCGCGAGGAAGGGAAAGUGGGUGUCAACACCACUCAUAGCAUCCGUGUUACCUCUGUCUCUUUUCAGGUGUAAUGUUGGGGGUGGGGGUAGGCUGGAAAUAUAAGGGUGGGUGUUGUAGAAGGAUGAGAUCAGAUGAGCUGAAGUUGUCUUUCUUAUCUAAAUCUAUCUUGUGAUCUUGAGAUGAUUAGAAUGGAGUUUAAAAAAAAUUCCAGACCUUCACCCACCUCCCCCACCCACACAGUUUUAUUCAAUGUUUAACCUCUGUGUUUGGUAAACUCAUGGCUUUUCUCAAUCUGCUCACCUGAAAAGGAUAAUUUUUACACGGAGGCAACUGCAUGGAAAUGGUGCUAGGGGCUUUUCUUGACAUUGAGACCUAACUAUUUGUAUUAACACCUUUCAGAAUUACCCUUUUGAAAAAAAACUUAUGACGAAACAGGAAAAUGUUUUUGAAUGUGAAUUAAAGUGCCUUUUAAAGAAAAGUUUACUGGUGCUAUGAUUAUAAAAGUGACCGAAAUAAUGUGCAAAAUACAUAGCACAUACUUGAAGAUCUAUCGAUUGAUAUAUGCCAUUAAGAAUGAGAAGCUGAAACAGAUCAUGGUCACUAUAACUAUGAUGCUCACUCUAUUUUAAACCUCCUGAUCUCAGAUUAUGUCGGCUAUUGUAUUUUUGCAGAACCUGUAAAGUAAGUUGUUUUUUAAUCUUAUGUGGCCGGUCACAUUUUCCAUUACGCGGUUUGUAGAUUGGAACAUCAGCAUUGAUUAAAAGAUUUUCACAUUCACUCACAAAA